CAUCUAGAUUCCUCACCACCACUCCAUCUCAAUAAAGCUGCCCCCAUAAUCACCAACUAAACCAAGCAAGGUAUCAUUGCACUACUACACUACUCCGAUCCCCUCCUUCACUACACUAAAAAAAUUUCAAGUUCAAUUCCUUCACUAACCAUGCCCUCAUUACUCUCCGCACUGUACCUCAUUCUCUCAGCAUACUUAAUCCCUUUAUGUUUGAGCCACCCCAACACAUGCCGCUCAUAUUGCGGCAACAUAACCAUCGACUACCCGUUCGCACUCCAAUACGGUUGCGGCCACCCCGGCUUCCGCGACCUCCUCUUCUGCAUGAACGACGUUCUCAUGUUCCACGUGAGCUCCGGCUCCUACAGGGUCCUCGAGAUCGACUACGCCUACCAGGCCCUCACGCUCCACGAGCCCCACAUGUCCACCUGCGACAACCUCGUCCUCGGAACCCGCGGCAACGGCUUCUCCGUCGAGCCCUGGCGCGCGCCAUACAUGAACCCUGCCGCCGACAACGUCUUCAUGCUCAUCGCCUGCUCCCCACGAUCCCCCUUGUUCCAGGGCUUCCCCGGGAAGCACCUCCCCUGCCGCAACGUCUCUGGCAUGGGCUGCGAGGACUACUACGCCUGCCCGGCCUGGGAGAUGUUGGGCCACAAGAGAUUGGGCUCAGCCUCGUUCUUUGGGUCAGGCCCACCCGAGUGCUGUGCUGUUCCGUACGAGGCUAUUAGGGGGAUUAACCUUACGAAGCUUGAGUGCGAAGGGUAUAGCAGUGCCUAUAGUGUGGCUCCGCUGAAAGUUGAUGGGCCUGGUGGGUGGUCCUAUGGGAUCCGCGUCAGGUAUUCCGUGCAAGGGAAUGAUGAGUUCUGUGGGGCGUGUGAGGCCACUGCUGGCACGUGUGGAUAUGGCUCCGAUGGGAUUAGACAGGUCUGCAUGUGUGGAGACUUCAAUUCCACGUCAAAUUGUGAUUCUGUUGGCGUAUCGUCAGGAGCAAGGGUUAUAUGUACGAGGGUAAAAAUAUUUUCAGGAUUAUUGACGUAUGUGCUAGCGUGGGUGACAACCAACCAGAUUUCAAAAGUGUGGUAUAUUAUGUGAGACUGGGUCAUGAAUAAUGUAUUCCAUAUUGUAAAUGCCAUUUUUUUUGCUGAAGAACGUGCUCAUACAAUGAGAGUGAUUGUGAGUGAGUUUUGAUUUGUAUUCCCUAGCCUAUUCCCCCAUGAAAGCCUUUCUCAAACAUUAUUCAAAAGCGUAGGAUUCAGGUAUUUGAUAAUUAUGGGUUAUCUAGCCA